AAUUUCUCUUGGGGGGGUCGGGGAGGGGGGAUUGGAAGCUGAGGGAUUUUCACCCCCCAUUGCUCCCCUCCCUCUGCACCCCCAUUCUUCUCCCCCUCACACUGGGACUGGGGAUCCCCCCACUGGUGCUGUUACAUGGUGAGGUGGAGAAGUGACCAGGAUCCAGAGAAUGGUAAAUAACGCUGAAGACCCCUGAGUGGCUUUCUGACUUGCCCUCCUCAUGUGAAGUAUGCUCAGAACCUUUCCAGUAGUGCUGCUGGAAACCAUGUCUCACUACACAGAUGAACCCAGAUUUACUAUAGAGCAGAUAGAUCUGCUUCAGCGCCUGAGACGUACUGGAAUGACCAGACACGAAAUCCUCCACGCCUUGGAAACCUUGGACCGUCUCGAUCAAGAGCAUAGUGACAAGUUUGGAAGAAGGUCUAGCUAUGGAGGCGGUUCCUAUGGCAACAGUACCAACAAUGUCCCAGCAUCUUCCUCUACAGCCACAGCUUCUACACAGACUCAGCAUUCUGGGAUGUCCCCGUCACCUAGCAACAGUUACGACACCUCCCCACAGCCUUGCACUACUAAUCAGAAUGGGAGGGAGAGUAACGAGAGGUUGUCAGCGUUCAAUGGGAAGAUGUCGCCCACUCGCUAUCCACUUGCAAACAGCUUGGCUCAAAGGUCGUACAGUUUUGAAGCCUCUGAAGAGGACUUGGAUGUAGAUGACAAAGUGGAAGAAUUGAUGAGGAGGGACAGCAGCGUGAUAAAGGAGGAAAUCAAAGCCUUUCUUGCCAAUCGGAGGAUUUCCCAAGCAGUUGUUGCACAGGUAACAGGUAUCAGCCAGAGCCGGAUCUCUCAUUGGCUGUUGCAGCAGGGGUCAGACCUGAGUGAACAAAAGAAAAGGGCAUUUUACAGAUGGUACCAGCUUGAGAAGACAAACCCUGGGGCUACGUUAAGUAUGAGACCUGCUCCAAUCCCAGUAGAAGAGCCAGAAUGGAGACAGACGCCUCCCCCAGUCACAGCUACCUCUGGGACCUUCAGACUACGGCGAGGCAGUCGGUUCACAUGGAGAAAGGAGUGCCUGGCAGUUAUGGAAAGUUACUUCAAUGAGAAUCAAUAUCCUGAUGAGGCAAAGAGAGAAGAAAUUGCAAAUGCCUGUAAUGCAGUUAUACAAAAGCCAGGCAAAAAGUUGUCAGAUUUGGAGCGAGUUACCUCCCUUAAAGUGUACAACUGGUUUGCCAACAGAAGAAAGGAAAUCAAGAGAAGAGCCAAUAUCGAAGCAGCAAUCCUGGAGAGCCAUGGCAUAGAUGUACAGAGUCCAGGAGGCCAUUCCAAUAGCGAUGACGUCGAUGGGAAUGACUAUUCAGAGCAGGACACUUGGCAAGUACGCAAUGGGGAGGAGGAGGGAAGAUGUUCAGAGGGAGGCAGAGAAGCAGAGAAGGUAGAAGAAGACAGGAGGAUCUGCUCCAAACAAGAUGACAGCACUAGCCAUAGUGACCACCAAGAUCCCAUUUCAUUAGCCGUGGAAAUGGCAGCAGUAAACCACACCAUCUUGGCAUUGGCCCGGCAAGGAACCAACGAAAUCAAGACAGAGGCCCUAGACGACGACUGAUACAAAGAAGGGGGAGGGUCAAAACAAGAAGUAACUUAGUUUUAGACGUAGCACCUUAGCAGACUUUCCUCGGUCCUUAAUAUGUGUUCUUCUUACAGUAUAACUUUGCAGUUUCUUGUACGUCAGUUAGCUGUUAGGGUCUUGUUCUGUGAAGAUGGCAUGGUGCCCUCAGCCUUUGCAUAUACUCUCUCAGUAUUAAUUCCCAGUAAAUAAUCAGUCAACCAACCAACCUCCCUCUCCCAGCCCCAGUGGCUCGAAAAUCUUGCUGCUUUGUCUUAGCAUUCCAAGAAAGUGCUUCCAGGUAUUUUAGAGAGUCCCUCAGUUCCAAGUCUUAGGCUACAUUUAAAAUCUUGGAUACCCUUAGACAUCAUGUAAAACUAGUCUGUACGCUUUUCCUCCUCCAAGACUGAAAGGAUGGAAGCUGGGGUAGAAGCACAGGGUCGAUGGACACCAUAUUGGGAGUAUCAACAGAGAGUAAAAAGAACACUAGAAACCCCACUUCAGCCUGGGAAUAAGUGAUUUCCAGCUGCAAUAAGCCGUGCCUCACUGGUCACACAGUGACUUGAUCUAUUUCUUUUGGGUACUGCGCUGAGAAUGUCCAUGGGAAACAUAUUCACACAUUUCGGUUGAUGUCACAUUCAACACAGACAUCCUCUGCUCUCACAAGCUGCAUGGCUUAGUGGAUAAAAUACUGCCUUCUGCCUCUGGGACCAUGAUAGACGCCCAGCCUGGGAUCACAUGAAAAAUGAGCUGAAUGUCUAAUGGACGACAGUCCACUUCUCAAAACCACUAUUCAUUAUUUGGCAGGCCUAGCAGUGCCUGCUCCGAAGAGGUCGAGACUCGAUCGAUCUAUCAUAGAAGUUGCGUUACCUUUUGUUCUUCCUCUCACCUUUUCCCCCUCCAGCCCCUCUCAAAAGCAAUGUUUUCAAAAAAGGGAUUAAGAUAAUAAAUGGGUGAGUUUGUACAAGUCUGUGUAACUCCUGCCUGCAAUCCUAACAGGCCUGAAAGGUUAUUGGAGGACUUUGGUAUCUAGUUUCUGCUAGUUAUCAACAUGGCAUAAAUAUUCACCCAAAUAUGAACACUUCUUAAAAGGCAGGAAGAUCUCCUCCUUGAGAUAUAGGGUGUAAUGCUUUUGUGUUCUCUUUACUCUGUCCUUGUUAUGGUGUGAGAAAGCUAUACUGCUACAGACAAUUUAAUUAAUAAUGGGAAGCCAUAUUGAUAAUGGAUGUGGUAAUAUUUGUAAAGCAAACCUACUUUAAGUAGCAGAAACUAACGGAAUUGUUUUUCCUUGAUCAUAUGUAGCACUUUUGUUACUUUUUUCUUAAAGAUAUUUAUAUUUGAUAAACCUUUUUUUUAAUCAUUUGAGAAUUCAAAAUACCAAACGACAAACUUGCAUUACAGAGUCACCCUGUGAUCACCUUGUCAUCUAGUAUCUAAAUGAUGAACUGUGUAUGCAUCUAAGAAAAUUACAUCUGCUGGCAUUGUGUGGAAGUGAUCUCUGGCAUCCUGAU